UCCCAGUCCCCAUCCCCUGCAAACUUUGGGACGGCGAAAAGCGACUUGGGGGUCCCGCUCUAGAGACAAGCUGCGCCCCUCCGCCUUCUCCCAGAGGACAAAAUCUGCCAGGGAAUUGGUUUUCUGAAGACACUUACAACUUUUAAUCCACAUUCCCUUGGAAAUACAAACCUUUCUAAUCAUGUCACCAGCCAUGUGGAAGUGGACUUGUCUGGUUUCUCAUCUCCUGCUAUCCACCACAGUGUCUCCUCUUGGUAGGCAGCAGCCUCUUCACCCAAAGAGGCCCUUCAUCACUUUCACCGGAGACCAAGCAGAGGGGAACUUCAACCAUUUGGUGGUUGAUGAAAGAACUGGGCACAUUUACUUGGGAGCUGUCAACAGGAUCUACAAACUCUCCAGUGACCUAAAGGUCUUGGUGACCCACCAGACUGGUCCAGAUGAAGAUAAUCCCAAAUGUUAUCCUCCCAGGAUAGUCCAAACCUGCAAUGAACCCUUGACGCUCACUAACAACAUAAACAAAAUGCUUCUCAUAGACUACAAGGAGAAUCGGUUGAUAGCCUGUGGGAGUCUUUACCAGGGCAUCUGCAAGCUUUUGAGGCUGGAUGACCUCUUCAAGCUGGGAGAGCCCUUCCACAAGAAGGAGCAUUAUCUCUCAGGGGUGAAUGAGAGUGGCUCUGUUUUUGGAGUCAUUGUUUCUUACAGCAACAUGGAUGACAAGUUGUUCAUUGCCACCGCUGUGGAUGGCAAACCCGAGUAUUUCCCCACUAUUUCCAGCAGAAAGCUCACCAAGAACUCCGAGGCAGAUGGGAUGUUUGCGUACGUCUUCCAUGAUGAGUUUGUGGCCUCUAUGAUCAAGAUCCCCUCAGACACCUUCACCAUCAUCCCGGACUUUGAUAUCUACUACAUCUAUGGCUUCAGCAGUGGUAACUUUGUCUAUUUCCUAACUCUGCAGCCUGAGAUGAUCUCACCACCUGGCUCCACCACAAAGGAGCAGGUUUAUACCUCCAAGCUGGUGCGGCUUUGUAAAGAGGACACAGCCUUUAACUCCUAUGUCGAGGUGCCCAUUGGCUGUGAGAAGAAUGGGGUGGAGUACCGUUUGCUCCAGGCAGCCUACUUGUCUAAGGCUGGAGCCAUCUUAGCAAGCUCUUUGGGUGUUGGCCCUGAGGAUGAUAUCCUCUUCACAGUCUUCUCCAAGGGGCAGAAAAGGAAGAUGAAGUCCUUGGAUGAGUCUGCUCUUUGCAUCUUUGUCCUGAAAAAGAUCAACGAUCGCAUCAAAGACAGACUGCAGUCCUGCUACAGGGGAGAGGGGACAUUAGAUCUAGCCUGGCUCAAAGUCAAGGAUAUUCCCUGUAGCAGUGCGCUGUUAACAAUUGAUGACAAUUUCUGUGGCUUGGAUAUGAAUGCCCCCUUGGGAGUAUCAUCUAUGGUGCGAGGACUCCCCAUUUUCACUGAGGAUGGAGAUAGAAUGACAUCCGUGAUUGCCUACGUCUACAAGAACCACUCCCUGGCUUUUGUUGGUACCAAGACUGGGAAGCUCAAGAAGAUCCGUGUGGAUGGCACCUCCAAGAACACACUGGAGUAUGAGAUUGUGCAGGUGGCGGAUACUGGCCCCAUAUUACGGGAUAUGGCUUUCUCAAUGGAUCAUGAACACCUCUACCUCAUGUCAGAGAAGCAGCUCACCCGGGUGCCUGUGGAGUCGUGUAGCCAGUAUGAGACCUGCAGCGAGUGCUUGGGCUCAGGUGACCCUCACUGUGGAUGGUGUGUUCUUCACAACACGUGCACAAGGAAGGAGCGAUGUGAACGCUCCAGCGAGCCUCGGAGAUUCGCCUCAGAAAUGAAGCAGUGUGUCCGGCUUACGGUGCAUCCCAACAACAUCUCCGUCUCCCAGUACAACGUAUUGCUGGUCUUGGAGACCUACAAUGUUCCCGAGCUGUCAGCAGGAGUCAAUUGCACCUUCGAGGACCUUUCAGAGAUGGAUGGCUUGGUGGUGGGCAGUCAGAUCCAAUGCAUCUCACCAGCUGCCAAAGAGGUGCCCCAGAUCAUCACAGAGAAUGGAGACCAUCACAUUGUCCAGCUUCAGCUCAAGUCCAAGGAAACGGGUAUGACGUUUGCCAGCACCAGCUUCGUCUUCUACAAUUGCAGCGUCCACAACUCGUGUCUGUCAUGCGUGGAGAGCCCUUACCAGUGUCAUUGGUGCAAGUACCGCCACGUCUGCACUCACGACCCCAGCUCCUGCUCCUUCCAGGAGGGACGAGUCAAGCUGCCUGAGGACUGUCCCCAGCUCCUGCAGGCAGAGAAGAUCCUGGUGCCGGUGGAAGUGAUCAAGCCAAUCACACUGAAGGCCAAGAACCUGCCCCAGCCACAGUCGGGCCAGCGAGGCUACGAAUGCAUCUUGAACAUCCAAGGCAAUGAGCAGCGGGUGCCUGCCUUGAGGUUCAACAGCUCCAGUGUGCAGUGCCAGAACACUUCGUAUUCGUACGAAGGGAUGGAGAUUAACAGCCUGCCGGUGGAGUUGACGGUUGUGUGGAACGGGAAUUUCAACAUUGACAACCCAGCGCAGAACAAAGUUCAUUUGUACAAGUGCGGAGCCAUGCGAGACAGUUGUGGACUGUGCCUGAAAGCCGACCCGGACUUUGAGUGUGGCUGGUGCGAGGGACAGAACCAGUGCACGCUGAAGCAGCACUGCCCAGCCCAGGACAGCCAGUGGCUGGAGUUGUCCAGCACCAAGGGCAAAUGCACCAACCCCAAGAUCACAGAUAUCAAUCCUGUGACAGGCCCUCGUGAAGGAGGGACUAAAGUGACCAUCCGUGGGGAGAAUCUGGGGCUGGAGUUCCGAGAUAUUGCAUCUCACGUCAAAGUGGCUGGAGUGGAGUGCAAACCGCUGGUGGAAGGGUACAUCCCAGCAGAGCAGAUAGUAUGUGAGAUGGGGGAGGCCAAACCCAGCCAGCAUGCCGGAUUCGUGGAGAUCUGCGUGGCUGAGUGCAGACCAGAGUUCAUGGCGAGGUCUUCACAGCUCUACUACUUCAUGACUCUGACACUCUCUGAUCUCAAGCCAAAGCGAGGACCAGUGUCAGGUGGCACCCAGGUGACAAUUACAGGCAACAACCUUAAUGCAGGCAGCAAUGUCAUUGUGAACUUUGGGCGACAACCCUGCCUCUUCUACAGGAGAUCCACCAAGCAUAUUGUUUGUAACACCACUGCCUCAGAUGAAGGCUUUGAGAAGGUAAAGGUAUCCGUGAGAGUGGACAAAGCCAAGAUACAUCAAGAGUUGCAGUAUGAAUAUGUGGAGGAUCCAACUAUCCUGAGGAUUGAGCCUGAGUGGAGCAUCUUCAGUGGCAACACACCCAUUGCGGUGUGGGGAACUCACCUAGACUUGAUCCAAAACCCUCAGAUCCGGGCAAAGCAUGGUGGAAAAGAACACGUCAAUAACUGUGAGGUGCAGAACAGCACGGAGAUGACCUGUCAGGCUCCGGCGUUGGCUGUUGACCCUAAUCACCAGUCCGAGCUUGCUGAGCGUCCAGAAGAGUUUGGUUUCAUUCUUGACAAUGUGCAAUCCCUGCUAAUUCUCAACAAAACCAACUUUACCUACUACCCAAACCCAAUCUUUGAGGUUUUCAAUCCCUCGGGGAUCCUGGAGCUGAAGCCGGGAAGUCCUAUCAUACUGAAGGGCAAGAACCUGAUCCCACCAGUGGCAGGAGGGAACGCCAAGCUGAACUACACUGUUUUGGUUGGUGAGAAGCCCUGUGCAGUGACCGUAUCAGAUGUGCAGCUACUAUGUGAGUCCCCAAACCUCAUUGGACGGCACAAGGUGAUGGCUCGUGUAGGAGGGAUGGAGUUCUCCCCAGGGAUGGUCUACAUCUCUCCAGACAGCCCUCUCAGUUUGCCAGCUAUUGUCAGCAUUGCAGUGGCCGGUGGCCUUCUUAUCAUCUUCAUCGUGGCUGUGUUGAUUGCAUACAAGCGCAAAUCCAGAGAAAGCGACCUCACUCUCAAGCGUCUGCAGAUGCAGAUGGACAACCUGGAGUCCAGGGUAGCACUGGAAUGCAAAGAAGCCUUUGCAGAGCUGCAGACGGAUAUUCACGAGCUGACAAGUGAUUUGGAUGGAGCUGGGAUCCCCUUCCUCGAUUACCGAACAUAUACCAUGAGGGUGCUUUUCCCUGGCAUUGAAGAUCAUCCAGUCCUGAGGGAUUUGGAGGUCCCUGGUUAUAGACAGGAACGGGUGGAGAAGGGUUUGAAGCUCUUUGCCCAGCUCAUCAACAACAAGGUUUUCCUGCUGUCCUUCAUCCGCACACUGGAGUCCCAGCGCAGCUUCUCUAUGCGGGACCGUGGUAAUGUGGCCUCGCUGAUCAUGACAGUGCUGCAGAGCAAGCUGGAGUACGCUACUGAUGUCCUCAAACAGCUCUUGGCUGACCUCAUAGACAAGAAUCUGGAGAGCAAGAAUCACCCCAAGUUGCUGCUCCGGAGGACAGAAUCUGUAGCUGAGAAAAUGCUCACCAACUGGUUCACCUUCCUUCUGUACAAGUUCCUCAAGGAGUGUGCUGGUGAACCUCUCUUCUCCCUUUUUUGUGCCAUCAAGCAGCAGAUGGAGAAGGGCCCCAUUGACUCAAUCACUGGGGAGGCCCGAUACUCACUGAGUGAGGACAAGCUUAUCCGGCAGCAGAUUGAUUACAAGACACUGGUCCUCAGCUGUGUGAACCCCGAUAACGUGAACAGCCCUGAGAUCCCGGUGAAGAUCCUGAAUUGCGACACCAUCACACAGGUCAAGGAGAAGAUCCUUGAUGCCAUCUUCAAGAAUGUGCCCUGCUCCCACCGGCCCAAAGCUGCUGAUAUGGACCUGGAGUGGCGGCAAGCUAGCGGGGCAAGAAUGAUCCUUCAGGAUGAAGACAUCACAACCAAGAUAGAGAAUGACUGGAAGAGACUCAACACACUGGCACACUAUCAGGUUCCAGAUGGAUCUGUGGUAGCUUUAGUCUCCAAGCAAGUCACUGCCUACAAUGCAGUCAACAACUCAACAGUCUCCCGUACCUCAGCCAGCAAGUAUGAAAACAUGAUCCGUUACACAGGCAGCCCGGACAGCCUUCGUUCCCGCACCCCCAUGAUCACCCCUGACCUUGAGAGUGGAGUCAAGAUGUGGCACUUGGUGAAGAACCAUGAGCAUGGUGACCAAAAAGAGGGUGACCGGGGCAGCAAGAUGGUUUCUGAGAUCUACUUGACAAGGCUACUAGCUACCAAGGGAACUCUCCAGAAAUUUGUAGAUGACCUCUUUGAGACCAUCUUCAGCACUGCUCACCGUGGCAGUGCGCUUCCCUUGGCUAUCAAAUAUAUGUUUGAUUUCCUUGAUGAGCAGGCUGACAAGCACAACAUCCACGACCCCCAUGUGCGGCACACCUGGAAAAGCAAUUGUCUGCCGUUACGGUUCUGGGUUAACAUGAUCAAGAACCCACAGUUCGUCUUUGACAUCCACAAGAACAGCAUCACAGAUGCCUGCCUCUCAGUAGUGGCUCAGACUUUCAUGGACUCCUGUUCGACCUCAGAGCACCGUCUGGGCAAAGACUCACCCUCCAACAAGCUUCUCUAUGCCAAGGACAUCCCCAGCUACAAGAACUGGGUGGAAAGGUACUAUUCAGACAUCGCCAAAAUGCCAGCAAUCAGUGACCAGGACAUGAAUGCAUACCUGGCUGAGCAGUCCCGCAUGCACAUGAAUGAGUUCAACACUAUGAGUGCGCUCUCAGAGAUAUACUCUUAUGUUGGGAAGUACAGCGAAGAGAUUCUUGGAGCCCUUGAUCAAGACGACCAGGCUGGGAAACAGAAACUUGCCUACAAACUUGAACAAGUCAUAACCCUCAUGAGCAUAGACAGCUGAGAACUGUUCUGCCAGGGACAUCCUGGGAGGGAUAAACCAAGUCGUGCCUCACUCAAGAUCAUCAUCUUUACCAAGUGCAAGUUUUGAUCGGCUGUAAGCAGAGUCACCUGAACAGCUCUCCUCUCCCUCAUUUCUUUCGCUUUCAAAAUCUAUGGACAAAGUGACAAAGCCCCAGGGGUAAAAAGAAAGGACUGCAGAGGAAAUUGCCUCUGGGGACAUCAAGACGUUUGGGUGGAGCUUUCCUUUUCAUAGCUUCCCCUCUGCCUUUGCCCUAGACAAAAACUGUUACACAUCACCCCUUCUCACCCCCACCUUUCCCCAACAUCAAAUCAUCACUCUGCAGAUGGGAAACCGGGAGGUAACUUCUGUCAUGCUGCUUUAACUGCCCUCCAAGGGCUAUAGCCUUUGGAGUGGACACGAAAAUGAACUCAGUAUUACUAAAAGUCUCCCCAAGGGGAAGACAGCCUGCCUACAGGGAUCCUGGAGGGCAGGAAUAAAUCGAGAUCCUCUCCUGCAGAGCCAUUGUAACUCUAUCUCUUGAUAGUGAACCACUGGGAGAGGAUCCCCAAGGCUCCCCCCAAAAUGCCACAGCUCCGUCCAGAGUGGAACCACUGUGGCUCUUUCCUGCUUGGGCAAACAGUGGUGUAGCUGCUGUCUUGGGGCAGGGGAAGGGUUAAGAGGGGAAGAUAACACCGGUGCUCCCCUGCCCAUGUGUUUCAUAUGGUUAUUCUUAGUUUUCAAAGAGACCUGUGUCCCCCUCCAUCUUUCCCAUUGUGUCCUGUUGGUUGUAAGCAUUGCAGCAAAAAUGCUCUCUCUGCUCAGUGGCAUCCUGUCCGUGGUGGUUCUGUUCCUUCUGGCAAUGGACAGCACAGUAUGUCCCUCAUUCCCACCUCAGCUUGGAAAGCAAGGGCCAUAAGUCUUGUUUUGUUCCAGGCAAGGAGCUCGGCCUCAAACACCAACCAGAGGGAUUUUUUUAAAGCUGUUAGUUCUUACUAUUUUGUUUCCUCAACUGGAACAAAUCUAUUGUUUUCUCAUGGUGGAAUAACAGAAGGAAACUGAAGGGCUUGCCAGGAAGCAAGGUGGUGCGUAGAACUGAUGGUAAAAGCUUCCUUCAAAGCCACUCCUAGGAGGAAAUUUCUAUACACAUUUUGGAAGGUAAUUCAAAUGAAACACUGCAAAAUAUUCUUCUACCUAGAUACCCCCAGUCAAACUGCACGUCUUCUGGAGGUCUCUGAACCACUGUAAGCCCAUCUGCCUUUUGGUGCCAACUCCUGGCCUUUCCUCUUCUCCAUUUUUGGAACCAACAGGCCUUGCGGAAGGUACAGGUGCUGCCUGGGAAAGAUUUUGUCCCUCUUUGCACUUCCUAUGCCUUCAGAGAUCACUGUCACCACAGGACAAUUGUGGGUGAUCACCCUGUCCUAGCCUCUUCUCAGCUCCUCCAGAACAACAUCUCAGCCUGUUUUGAGGCCAACCAAAGAGAAGUGAGCUCCUGUGUCUCUUCUGUGCUUGGCUAUUUUUAUCAUAUGGCUGCCAGCCUGGAUAACAUCAUGGUUGGACAUAGUGGGAGACCCUCAGGGUCCGGAGAACUUUGCAUCUUGUACACCAUGGAGGCAAGAGCUGGGUCUGCAUUCAUCUCAACAGAAAUGAACAGUGCUUACUAGCAGAUGGAGGAGUGAUGUGAUGCCACGGAGUAUUGGCCCACAGCCAUCUUGCACCACCCUCAGAGCUACAGCCUGGAUCUACCUUGCACCUGGAGGGAGGAAGGGGUAAAGACAGGGUGUGUCAAUUGAUUACAGAGUGCAUUUGGUUUUAUUCAUGCCUCUUGCUAGCAAACCAGAACCUCUUCAGAGCGGCGGAUCAUGAGUGCGUCUAAUGGGGGAUGUGCGGCAAAUAGGAGUCAGUUAGCAAGCAGGUUUCGUUCAGCCAAGCAGAUACACAUGUAGGCGAGUCUUUCUAAAACCAUUUAAAGAACAGCAGUCCAAAACCGGAUGUGUCUGUGGGGAGAAUAUCACAAGAUUCAUAUUGAAACAGCAAACUUAGGGACACGUCUUGGUUUCAAAACCCCAGACAUUUAUCUCUUGAUUAUAAUUAUUAUUAUUUUGUGCGUGUGCGUGUGUGUGUGUGUGUAUCUGUGUGCGCGUGUGCGUUAUUUCCUUUUUAAUUUUGCUUGCUUUCUGUUUGAUUGCUGAGCUGAUGGACUCAUCAUGCACCUUAUGGAUAUCUCAGCAUUUUUAAGAGGCCUGCGCAUUGGGGAUGAUUUGGGUUUGGUUGGUUCUGCCAUGGUUUUGAUGAUCCGUUUAGUAAUGUCGGCGCAUGUUCCAGAUCCAUUGUUUAUGGCUGUGAAAGUGGGGUGGAAGUCCCACCAGAGCCAGUGGUAAGAAAAUUACAACAACAACACAAACACAGUAUUUUUUAUAAGUACAGAAAAAAAAGGAAAAUUUAAAAAAAAAAAAAAAAAAAAAAAGGAAGAAACCAAAGGUUUUGACAAACAAAGUGCCACAAAAGAUAAAUAUGGACCCUAUUGUCAUGCCUUGUACUCACAGCUGGAUGGUAGGAGUCUAAGGACAAAUAGCUGGCUUGGAGGGAAGUGGUUAUGAGUGAUGGGCUAUACUGCCUGGACAUGCGCACAUGAAAGGAAGAAGAAGCUGUUUGGGGAAAAAAAAUGGUAUCAAAGUGAACUGGUGUAAUCCUGCUCUGUUCCUAAAGUCAGAGGAACACCACAGGGACAAUUUGAGACUUGUUUAUUUUUGAUGUGUUUUUGGUUUGUUAUGGUUGUUUUCCAUUGUUAUCAAUUAAUUUCUUCUUGCUGGUACGGAGUUCUUCAUGUGUAACAUAUAUAAAUACAUUUUUAAGGAAAACUUGAACACCUCAGAGACACUGAGAAUGAAACUCUUAGGGGAAAUGGGAAGCACUGUGAGAUUGAUGUCUUAACCCUUCCCAGGUUCACAUUUAGGCAUUUCUGUUUUCUCUCUACCUUCUUCUUUCUCCCAUCCCCAAGAUCUGAAAGAAAAUCUGUAUUUUGCUUCUCUUUCACCUCCUCCUUAUUUUUCUUUCUGGUUUGUGGUUUGUUUUUUUUCUUUAUUUCGUAUUUGAACUGGUUUUGGUUUUCGCUUGGAAAAUGUGCCAGAAUUGUGAUGUAAAUGCGUGGGCUUCUUCCCCUGUCCCCUUCAGUGCCCUUCCCAUUUCCAACCACUCUCCCAGCAUCUCCCAGUCUAUGAGAGGCAUUGGCAUCUUUCUUCCCAGCCUCAACUGUUGAGCUAGCUAUUUUUAAAGUGCAUGUCAAAUACAACUGAAAACAAAGACACAAGCAGAAGAAUGAGCCCUAGUACAACAUGGAUGUGUUCUUUUCCUCUUCCUUUGAUUUCCACCCCCUCCUCCCUUUCCUCACUUGACCAAAAAUGCUUAAUAGGUGGUAUUUCAUGCUAUUUUUCAAGCGACCCAGAGACAACAGGAGCCAGAGUCCACAGAAUUCAAUAGAAUUCUAGCUCCUAAUAUCCAGAACAUGCCGGAUGAUAGGCUGAUCUCUAUGGGAAUUUCUCAAACAAUGUCAUCAAGAAAAUGAAUGCUGACACUUUCAGCACCAACAGAAAUGGGGAAAGGGAACUCUUGAAGACUUUCUGUGGUCCUACUAAGGGAACUAAGAUUAUUUCUUCACUGCAAAACUUGCAUCUCGGUUAGAGGAACAAAAGGUGAACAACCCCUCUGCAAAAACACCGUGUCCUCCCUGUGAGUGUACUCACCUAUCAAUGUCACAGUGAUGUGAGACAUAAUCCAUCACGUCACGUACUUUUACAAACUGAGCCGUCCAGUAAACACUGUCAUGGGAAAAGUUGUGUGUUAUCUAUCUGGAAGAAGGUGUUAGAAAUUUUUAGCACUUAAACAGACAGCACAGGAGAACUACUAUAAAGGAGAAAUGCACUCAAGGGCACCUUCCUCUCCCAGCAUGCCCCAGUUCUUCUCUGCCCUUCAUUCUGUCCUGAACAUAUCUAAAGUUUUGGUCCAAUCCGGCAUAUACCAGCCUUGCUCAGUUAAGUAAGAGAACUAAGCCAAUUUUCUCAUCUCCAAUUGGCUUCUUAUACCUGUUUGACAAUGGAGAACAUAAAAAAUUGCUAUGACAUUAAGAUUUAUGAGCAGAAUUUUGGUUGGUAUUUGCUUUUAAUUGAAAAGUGAUUAUCAAAGUUUCCAGAUUAUCCCACCAUGAAGGGAGACAGACCAAGCAAAUAAUAUAAUUGUCAUCAUUAUUUAAACAAUGCUAUUGAAAACUGAUAUAGAGUGUUGAAUCCAGUGACUACUCUCAUUCUUUGGUCAACCACCACAAUGUUUACACAUUCCUUCCACAUUUCCAAAAGUCUGGGAGUUCUGCAGCAACUCAAGUAUAAAACAGAUAAUAUCAAGAGGAAAAGUCAUAGAGUCAUAGAAUAUCAGAUUGGAAGGGAUCUCAAGGAUCAUCUGGUUCAACAUGUCUUGGCAAAAGUACUGUCUAGACAAGAUGGGCCAGCACCCUGUCCAGCUGAAUCUUAAGUGUUCAAUGUUGGGGAAUCCACCACUUCCCUGGGGAAGUUAUUCUAAUGGCUGAUUUUUCUCAUUGUGAAAAAUUUCCCUCUUGCAUCUAAUCAGAACCUUACCAGGAAUAACUUGUAUUUUUCAAAUGACUCCUUGUAAAAACGGAGUCUCCGUCUUCUUUUUAGCCACCCUUUAAAUACUGGAGCAUGGUGAUGAGGUGUCCCUCAAGGCUUCUUUUCUGAAGGCUGAACAAACCCAGUUGUCUCAGCCUUUCCUCCUAUGACAGACUUCCCAGUCCUUUGACCACCUCUGUGGCCCUUCUUUGGACCCUUUCCAAGACUGUCCAAGACUAUUUUGUACAGUGUGGACAAAAACAUAAUACAGGUGUUCCAGGUGUGGCCUGGAAAGUGCUGAGUAGAGUGGGAUGAUGACUUCAUCUCUGCUGGUGGUGCCUUUUUUUGAUGCAACUGACCAUCUUGUUGACUUUCUUUGCCACAGCAGCGCACUGCUCAUAUUGAGCUUGUUGUCCAUCAUGACCCUCAGGUCACUUUCCACAGAGUUGAUUCCCAGCUGGGUAGAUCCUAGCCUGUGCUGCAGUCCUGGAUUAUGUUUCCCAGGUGCAAAAUGUUACACUUGUCCUUGUUGAACUUCAUAAGGUUCUUGUUAGUCCACUCUUUCAGCCUAUCCAGAUCUUCCUGCAAGAUGGCUUUCCCUUCCAAAGCGUUCACUUCUCCAUUAAGUUUGGUAUCACCGGUGACCUUCAUGAAGGUACACUUGUUUCCAUCAUCCACACCACUUAUGAAGAUAUUAAACAGCUUUGGGCCCAGCAUCAUCCCUGUAGGACCCCACUUAUGACAGGUUGCCAGUUCGAAAAGGAGCUACUUACAAUCAUCCUUUGGGUGCAAACUGUCAGUCACUUCCUACCCUCCACACAGUCCUCUUGUCUAGAUGCAUCAGUUUCUCUAGGAGGAGGCUGUGGGAAAUCUUAUCAAAAGCCUUGGAGAAAUCCAGGAAGACAAUGUCCACCACUUGCCCCUCAUCAACUGAGCGGGCUACUUUGUUAUAGAAGGCAAUCAAACUUGUCGAGCGUGAUUUGCCUUUGAUGAAGCUGUGCUGGCUAUUCCCAAUCAUGUGCUUCAUUUGACCUGUAGUAGUCCCCAGUAGGAUUCAUUCCAUAACUUUCCCAGGGACUGAAGUAAGACUGAUGGGCCUAUAAUUUUCUGGAUCCUCCAUUAAGCCCUUCUUGUAGAUGGGGGUGAUAUUAGCCUUCUUCCAGUCUUCUAGGACGUCCCCCGAUCUUCAUGGCUUCUCAAAGUUUAUGCAGUGUGGCCUUACAAUGAUGUCAGACAGUUCUUUUUUCACACCCUUGGGUGGAUAUUGUCAGGGCCUGUCCACUUGUAGAGAUCAAGCUCCUGUAACACUUUGCAUACCAACUCUUCCUUCAUUGAUGAUGGGUCUUUGUUCACAUCAGUGUUUAAAAGUAAGUCAAAACACAGCAUGUAGAUGUCUUCUUCCCCAAGACUUUAGUGAAGUGCUUUGGGAAGAGACACUAUUAGGUGGAAGACUCUUCUGAAGGAAGACUGGAAACCUGAGAGGAUGGACUUCCAGGGCUCCUCUUAGUGGGGCAUAUAUUUGUGUCUCUACUAGGGAUCCUCAGUUCCAAGGAUGAUCUCAUACCAAAAAGAAAAGUCUGGCCUGCUGGAGAUGACAUCACCAAGGCAUCAGUAAAACAAGACAUACUUCCACCUUCCCAGCACCCCGUAGAAUUACUCAUUAACCACAUGUACCUGAUAGCAUAGAGAUAUUGUUUGGUGCUGAAAUAGGAAUGAGAGAGAGGAAGAAAGCUGACCCUGCUUCCCAAACUCCUGGGGAAGACUCUGGCAUUCAGGAGGUUUGGUCCUCUGUAGAAAUGUGUUGCUUUUUGUGAUGGUCAUUGCUGAUACGGGAAGAUGCCAUGACCAGAUAAGCACUGUACCAAAAUCCAGUAAGCCCCAACAAGGUCCCUUUCUUCUCCUUGGUUCAGCACUUAGCUGAAGGUGCCAGACAGAGCACAAUGUAUAGAAAUGUGCAUCUUCGUCCCACCAGAUCUGUGCGGUUAUGAGUGGCUCACCAAGUAUUGCAUCCAGGAACCCCUGUUUGGGUAUCCCUCACCACUGAAUGAGGAAAUCAGUGUAAAAACCAGAUCUUGAAGAAGUGAUGUAGUCUAAACUCCUCUGUACCUCUGAAAACCUCUUCUGGGAUGACCAGGGGAGCCCAGAAAUGUAUCUCUUUCCCCAAAGUAUGAUCAUUUACACUAUCUAAGUACAUUGCAUUUCUGUGUUGACAGAUGUUGGGUAGAGAAGUAUGGCAUAGCCUCAGUGAUGUCAGGGCAAUUUGCUCUGUGUAUCUGACACGCAGUAAAAGAUAUGUCCUCCAGGGCAGAUGGAGUUCUUGGGAUGUCCUAGCUCUUCCCAUCCAACCUUGGCAUGCUGUGAAGCAGGCAACUGAUGAAGUGAGCAAUGUCAUGUUGUAAACCUAAGACUCCUGGCCAUUAAAACCUUGAGUUUUCCUUCUUUGCACCCAAUGUAGUUCCUGUUUCAGAGUAUCAUUGGGUCCGUAGAGUCCUGCAGUUUUCCUUCACCUCUACCACUGUUCUACGCCCCUUCCUCCAAAAGAAGUUGUGAUGUCUUACAGGGGAUAACCAUUCAGUGGAAAAUACUUUGAAAAUGGACCUGGUCAAUCAUAUUUUAUUUGGGAUGGCUCCAUUCACCACUCUAGUAGAGAAGCAUCCAGGGGGACAAAUUAAUUUGUAGAAGGAUGUCAAAAAAAAAAAAAAAAAAAAGAGGAAAAAGAAGAUUUACACUUGGAAAAAAUAAAACCACCAAAACCCCCCCAGCAAGGAUACAAAGCUGCUUAGUCUGAUCAAUCCGUCAUGUGUGUGAUUUCUGUUGUUGUCGUUGUCGCUGUUUGUUCAUUGGCUUUUAUUUUACGUUAAUCUUCUGUUCUAAAAAUGGAGAGUUUACCUCAAGAAAUUCUUUCUGCUUGGAAACAGAUCACCUCAAAGACACUCAUAGCAGAGAGCAGUGUUCAGGGAAGCUCAGUAAAGCAAACCUAGGUGCAGUAAACCGGGGGGAAACCAGGACAUUUAGGGUCUUUCAGCAUUCCUUUCUCUUGCUGGUGUGGUCUGGCGUGGUUCCUUGACUCCGAGGGCAGCAUUUCACAGUAGGAGAGGUUCCUGUUGACUUUCAGAUAGACUGAGACCCACAAGCCAGUUGAAGAAAUCAAUGCAUACGUAUAACCUUGCAGUCCUUUCUGAAGUAUCUUAAGAGAAACUUGGUGUUACUUAGAAUUUUUACCCUGCUCUUUCUUCAGUCCCUGGAGAAAACCCACUUUCCAGCCCAGAAUGGGGUAAGGAAGCAGAGAGAUUAGGUGCUAGCUAAAUGCUCCCAGUGUUUUCCCCAAGGGAUCAAGAUGAGAGGCAACUGGAUUAUUUAAUGUCACAAGACAGGCCCUUCCUAGUGUCUGACCCUGUGUCUUGGACAUACACACGAACCCAGAAGUCUCAUUCUCUGUUUUGCUAAAGCUUCCACCUUAAAUACAAAAUCAAUGUAAAGACAUAUCCUUUCACUACAGUGUUACUAACAGCCUCAAAGAGAUGUCAAGGCAGCAUUAGAAAGGAGGUUGGGUUCCUUUUUCUUAGGUUGCUGUUGUUGUUGGUUUGAUUUUCUUUUGAAUUGAUCCUAGUUAAAAAGUAAAUAAAGUCUAUACUAUUUAAAUUGGAAUCCCGUUGUUACUUGGUAAAGGCAAAGCUUCUGUACCUUUGUUACAAUUAAUUGUAUACCUGUGUAUGUAAAUAUAAGGCAUUCCUAUUUUGCAGUCCAAACAAAACAAAAAAAAAAAGAAAAAAAACCUAUUUGUAAUAUAGA